GUGGCCGCGGCGGCCCGGGCUGUCGCGGGCCGGGGCGGUUAGGGCUGGUGGCUGCGGCUGCGGCCAUGGAAUGGAGUUCCGAGUCGGCGGCCGUGAGGCGGCACCGCGGCGCCGCGGAGCGUCGGGAGGGAGAGGCUGCCGAGCCGCACCGGGAACGAGAGGCCUCGGCUCCGGAGGACGCGAGCGGCGGCGGGAGGACGCGGAAGAGGAGUACGGAGAGCGGAGGCGCGAGCCGGGGCGCGGGGACCGCGCUGAGCGAGGCGCGCACGGUGCUGGCGCUCGCGCUCUACCUGCUCGCACUGCGGGCGCUCGUGCAGCUCUCGCUGCAGCGGCUGGUGCUCAGCCGGCCCGCCGGGCUCCAGGGCGAGUUCGACGCGCGCCAAGCCAGGGAUUAUCUGGAACACAUAACAGCCAUUGGCCCCAGGACUACAGGAAGUGCAGAAAAUGAAAUUCUGACAGUCCAGUACCUUUUGAAGCAGAUCAGACUGAUUGAAGCACAAAGCCAGAGCCUACACAGGAUCUCAGUGGACAUACAGAGGCCUACAGGCUCCUUUAGCAUUGACUUCUUGGGCGGCUUUACAAGCUACUAUGACAACAUCACUAAUAUUGUGGUGAAGCUGGAGCCCCGGGGCGGAGCCCAGCACGCUGUACUGGCUAACUGUCACUUUGACUCGGUGGCAAAUUCACCAGGUGCCAGCGAUGAUGCAGUUAGCUGUGCAGUGAUGCUCGAGGUUCUCCGAGGCAUGUCCGUGUCGUCUGAACCCUUGCAGCAUGCUGUAGUGUUUCUCUUCAAUGGUGCUGAGGAAAAUGUCUUGCAAGCUAGUCAUGGUUUUAUUACUCAGCAUCCCUGGGCCAGUUUGAUCCGUGCAUUUAUUAACCUGGAGGCAGCAGGUGUAGGAGGGAAAGAACUUGUGUUCCAAACAGGCCCUGAAAAUCCUUGGUUGGUCCAGGCUUAUGUUUCAGCAGCCAAACACCCCUUUGCUUCUGUGGUGGCUCAGGAGGUUUUUCAGAGUGGAAUCAUCCCUUCUGAUACUGACUUUCGAAUCUACAGGGAUUUUGGAAACAUUCCAGGAAUAGACUUAGCUUUUAUUGAAAAUGGAUACAUAUAUCACACCAAGUAUGACACAGCGGACAGAAUCCUCAUAGAUUCCAUUCAGAGAGCAGGUGACAACAUUUUAGCAGUUCUUAAAUACCUAGCUACAUCUGACAUGCUGGCUUCUUCGUCUGAGUACCGACAUGGGAACAUGGUCUUUUUUGAUGUGUUUGGCCUCCUUGUCAUUGCAUAUCCUUCUCGUGUUGGCUCAAUAAUAAACUACAUGGUGGUCAUGGCUGUCGUUGUGUACUUGGGGAAAAAACUGCUGCAGCCCAAACACAGGAACGUUGACUACCCAAGAGACUUCUUAUGUGGACUUGCCAUCACGUUCAUUGGCUGGUUCACUAGCCUCGUCACCGUUCUCAUUAUUGCAGUGUUCAUCUCUCUCAUUGGACAGUCUCUCUCAUGGUACAACCACUUUUAUAUUGCUGUUUGCCUGUAUGGAACUGCGACAGUGGCCAAAAUAAUAUUCAUACAUACCCUUGCAAAAAGAUUUUAUUAUGUGAAUGUCAGCAACCAGUAUCUGGGAGAAGUGUUUUUUGACACCUCGUUGUUUGUACAUUGUGCUUUCCUUGUUGCUCUCACUUACCAAGGAUUUUGCUCUGCAUUCAUGAGUGCUAUCUGGGUAGCAUUUCCCUUGCUCACAAAGCUUUGCGUGUACAAGGACUUCAAGAAGCAUGGUGCCCAAGGAAGAUUUAUUGCUCUUUACCUUUUGGGGCUGUUUAUCCCCUAUAUUUAUGGACUGUAUCUCAUCUGGGCUGUAUUUGAGAUGUUCACUCCUAUCCUUGGAAGAAGCGGUUCGGAAAUCCCUCCUGAUGUUGUGCUAGCCUCCAUUUUGGCUGUCUGUGUGAUGAUUCUUUCCUCAUAUUUUAUUAAGUUCAUUUACCUUGUGAAAAGCACAAAGACAACUAUGCUGACUCUAACUCUGGUGUGUGCCAUCUCGUUCCUCCUCGUCUGCAGUGGAGCCUUUUUUCCGUACAGCUCCAGUCCUGAGAAUCCAAAGCCGAAGAGAGUGUUCCUUCAGCACAUGAGUAGAACUUUUCAUAACUUGGAAGGAAACAUAGUAAAAAGAGACUCUGGAAUAUGGAUCAAUGGGUUUGACUAUACUGGAAUGUCUCAUAUAACACCUCACAUCCCUGAGAUCAAUGAUACAAUCCGAGCUCACUGUGAGGAGGAUGCCCCACUUUGUGGCUUCCCUUGGUAUCUUCCAGUGCACUUUCUGGUCAGGAAAAAUUGGUAUCUUCCGGCUCCAGAAAUUUCUCCAAGAAAUCCUGCUUAUUUCAGACUUGUAUCCAAAGAGAAGACACCAUGGGAUUCUAUAAAGUUGACUUUUGAAGCAACAGGACCAAGCCAUAUGUCUUUCUAUGUUCGAACCCAUAAAGGAUCAACACUCUCUCAGUGGUCUCUUGGCAACGGCACUCCAGUCACAAGCAGAGGAGGGGACUACUUUGUGUUUUACUCCCAUGGACUCCAGGCCUCUGCCUGGCAGUUCUGGAUAGAAGUACAGCAGGCGUCAGAAGAACAGCCUGAAGGAAUGGUCACGGUGGCCAUUGCAGCCCACUAUCUAUCAGGGGAAGACAAGAGAUCUUCUCAGCUCGAUGCUCUGAAGGAGAAAUUCCCCGAUUGGGUGUUUCCCUCUGCGUGGGUUUGUACCUACAGUCUCUUUGUGUUCUAAUCGUGCGAUGGACUUUGAAUACGUGUCCCUUGGACAUUCCAUGGGACACUCUCCCAUGUCACAUGGAUAUUUGUCACUGAAUUUUAAUGAGCGUAUGUUCAAAGAGCUUUUGGGUUAUCACUCUUCCUGGCCAUGUACCAUAUGGGUUAAACUUUGGGAUAGUGAUGCCUGGCCUUUUGUCACUUGAAAUUCCAGUUUUCUGGCACUUAAGCACACGUGGAUACUGCCAUUCAUACAUGUCAUUUCUAUGACUGUAAGGACUCACAACAUACCACCUGAGUAGCUUUCCUCUGAGGAACAAGAAAGAUGUACACCGUUAGACUACUGUUGAGGUAGGUAAGUCCAUUGUUAUCAGCCGGAUGGUGGGGAAGCUACCACUCACUGGGAUAGUGGCUCUCCUUGCCUAAACUGCAGGCCACAGGAAAUUGACUGUCAUGAAGAAGGAAGCCCCACAAGCUCCAUUUCUUCAGGCAGCCAUUAGGGUGAUUUAGUGUCUGAAGUUUGAGCCCUGGAAGCCACCUUGUGGAUCAUUUUCCUGAGGUAGCAUUCAUUGUCUACUUUCUUCUCAGACAUAUUCCUUUCAUUUAGGAAGAGAACAUCUUUCAGCUACAUUUCCUUCUCACAGCUCCUGGGUUAUAUUUGCAAAUAAGACCCAAACUUCUUCCCCAGAGCACUGAGUUGCCAUCAUGGCUAUUCUGAGGUCAAAGAGGAAGAGGGUGGGGUAUUCUAUGUAAUAUUUAUUCUCUUUGUUUUAUAGGCAUCCUCUGUUAUACAAGGUUAAUCUUUUAGAACAUAAUUUUAUUGCUACAUUGGGUUUUCUGUUUUCUAGCAAGUGACUAAGUUUUUAUAACUUGUUGUUAGUGAGACUGGCUGAGGUUGUGGUUUACACAGGAAUGAGACUACUAUACCUGUAUCUGUUGGUGUUGAGAUCCCGCAGAAAAGCAGCAAUAAGGUUUAAAGGUACUUUUUAUUUUGAAGACAGGGAUGUAGCUUGUAAGGUAUGUCAUAGCAGUGCCUCUUGUGGCUUCUCUAGGUUUCAGCGGUGACAGAGUUGAUGAGAUGAACACUACAAUUUGCUAGUUUCUUUUUUACAUUAACAAGUGUAAAAAGACAAAUUUGAGUUAGUCAACAAACAUGGCCCAAAAUAUAAUUGAAAGAAAAGCUUUAGUAAAGCAAAACAAAACAAAAUAUACUUGUUUAGGAACAGAAGGGUGUCCCUCAGAACCAUCUCAAUUCCAGCAAGAAUAGUUAAGUGUGUACUGCAGGAGAUAACUUUCUUACAGUUGCUUGUGUGAUAUGUCAGUUUCUAAUCAUGUUCCUUGUAUGCCUGCUUAAUCUCUAAGUCCUUAAAAACUGUCUAGGUCCAUGCAGAUAUGAGGGCUGCAGCUAGAGCUGAAUGGUAAUGUGCUGACUGUCACAUGUAUUCACACUGGACUGUGGGAGCCACUGUUUUUGCUGAACUUAGAGAAAUCAUAUCAGUGCUGCUUUAAGUGUCUUGCUCCUGCUAUGGAUGUAUUAUCUGUCAGGUAGUACUUAAGAUUUGCAGAACCACAGCUGAUUGAAAUAAGUAAUAGUACUAAUAGCUUAAUGGAUUUCAAAAUACAGGCUUCUGUUCUGUUCCUGGUUUAACUGAAACUGAUUACUAGAAAUUACAGGGAGGGGCGGAAGACACGCCGAGGAAGCAUAUAAAAACAAGGUGUUCUUGUAUUUCUUUCCUGUUGGCAGGGUGCCAUUGUCCUUUUUGGCAUAAUCAUGGUUUUCCUUUUUUGCCUUUGGGUUAUAUCUCUAUGCAAACAGUUUUGAUUUUCUUUAACAUUAUGAAACUUGGUAUUAUACCCAGUAACAAGAUGCUAAGUUUCAGGGCAUGCUUAAAGGCCAGAGAUGGUCAAGUAUUUACAUACAGUAUCCAUGGCUUUUAAUAAGCACACUCUGUAGUUAUCAGUAACUCCCCCUUUUAAAAAUUAUCUGAUCAUUUGAGUAAUUCACUUCUAAAAAGAUAUUUUUUAAAGUCUAAGUAAUGCAUUUUCCUAAUGAGUGUAAAUAUAAGCAGCACAGAGGGAGGAGUAUAAAGAAUUGUGACUUCACAGUUCUCAGUAUUUAAGAAUGAUUGUUCUAAGAAGUGUUUCCAGUUUAGCAGCUGCAUUAAAUGUCUAGGAUUCCCCCAAGGUUUUACCAUGAAGAAGGUUGGACCACAAGAGUCUAUGUAACUCAGGAAGCUACUGGAAGAAUGUGUCUGGUCCAUCUCUUUUCACUUCUUUGCUGAAUUGUUGAGGGUUAACUGUUGCCUUACAAUGUUACUGAAAUAAACUUUUUAACAUACUGGUUGGAAAAAAUGGAUCUUUUAAAACUGCUUUUAGGUAAAGCCGGGCGGUGGUGGCGCACGCCUUUAAUCCCAGCACUUGGGAGGCAGAGGCAGGCGGAUCUCUGUGAGUUCGAGACCAGCCUGGUCUACAAGAGCUAGUUCCAGGACAGGC